AAACUGAAACUUAAAGUUUAACUCAUAAUGGCGGUAAACUCGUAGGGAAAAAAGUGAAAAAAGACUUCUCUAUAUAUUCAGUGAUUAGUGUAACAUUCUAAUGGUUACCUAACUUAAAGACAUCAGUUUUUGAAUUUAUAAAGAAAGAGGUAUUUGCUUUACAAAAGUAUUUGUACUAGUAUGUCCACCGAACUUCAAGAAGAACUGACACGAGAAGAAGCUAAAAGAAUCUUAAGACGCUUAGAAUUGGAUGCUUAUUCAGCUGUAGUAACAGCUUUUAGAGCACAAGGAGAUGUUAAUAGAUCAAAAAAAUGUGUUUUAACAGACUUAGCAAAUCAUUUAAGUAUUUCCACUGAGCGACACAGAGCUGAAGUUCGUCGUGUGGUUAAUGAUGAGCGACUAAAUGCUGUUGCGGAGUGUAUGCAAGGUAGUGGUACUUCUACUGAGUGGAUGUAUGAAGGGCGUCGAUUGAUUUCACUCAUGCCUCGACUUGUUCCUCAAACAAUAUUUACAGCAAAAGCUACAGUUGCAGCAAAUCAAGCAACAGAAGCAAACCUGAAACUUCCUUUAAAAACAGAAAUCGAAUUACAUCCUUUAGUUUCUAAACCUAAAGGGCUAACACCAAAGGGUACUCAAGCUACGGAUCAAAAAGUUUCUCCUGCACCUGCUGAUGAUUUAGAAAAAAAAAGAAAAAAUUUGCUGAAUGUAAAAACUCCUCCUUUAAUGCUCAACAAAUCAAUUGCAAGUUCUCUGAAACCUUCGAAUCAAAGUACAUCCGUAUCAAUGAAAUCUAUUAUAAAAAAUAAAUCAGUUAUGCCGUCGCCCUUUAUGUUAUCAAAUACAAUUACGAGUACUUCUAUUUCACCUGUAAAACAAUCCCCCACACAGCACAAGGAAAGUCCAAUAAAAAUUCAAACAAGUGCUACUUUAUCACCUGUUUCGACUGUAGUUUCACUAAGUACUAGUACUAAUUUAGAAACAUCAAUAAAUUUGCAACCAUGUAACUUAACAUCAGUAAAAAUGGUUACUACCUCUGAGACAAUCAAUAAUAAUCAUAUUACUUCUCUUUCUUCUUCAAGUUAUCUCACAAACUGUUUUCCUCAAAAGAUAAAAUUUAAAACACCGUUAUCUAAAUUUAAAUUAAAGCCUGCAAAGUAUAAGCCUAUGACAACGAUACAACGAGUUGCUCCUUCCAUUAGCCAACUAAACGAAACUAAUGUCUCAGGAAGUUCACCUCAACUUUCAACCUCUCUUAGUCCAAGUAUGUCUGUCAAAGUUGUUCAACUUGCUAAAACAAACAGUAGUCCUAUUUUAUCAAGUAUUAAUAGAUCUGCGAUGUCUGAAAAUAAAAAUCCAAUACAAAGCGCUGUUACAUUUAACAGUAUUGCCACAAGUUUAUCACAGCAAAUGAAAGCUGUGUCUGCAUCACAGUUACCAUCAUCUGUAAUGUCUGCGUUGCCAAAAGGUGCAUUGCCAUCAAAAUCAAUGCCUCUUACUACAGGGUUUAAAAUGAUUGCUGUAACAACUGUUGUUCAAGGUACAACUCAGGUAAAAACUGUUUAUAUAGCGACUCCAAUAAUGUCACUUUCAAAAUCACUUACCCCAACAACUGGCGCUUCUAUAACAACUAACAUAUCUACACAAUGUUUAAAGCGAAUACCUAGUUCUGCUGCAUCUAACAUUCAGUCAGUUGUUGCUUGUUCUACAAAUCCUUCUACAAUAUCUUAUCAUGGUAAAUCUACUCAAAUAUCUUCCAUAACUCCAAAUAAUAUUACAUCACCUACUUCUUUUCUCGGAAAAACACUUCAAGUCUCUCCCAAGGGAUUGGGAAGUUUAAAAACUACUUUAGUUAGGCAUGCACAAAGUUUAAAAUUAUUUACAGCUGUUUCAAAAAAUAAUAGAGCACAGUUUUCAAAUGUAAAUUUGACUAAAAGCACGACUUUGUUACCAGGAACUAAUUUAGGAAACAACUUAAUGAGUUCAGUUUCAUUGCAACAUAAUCAGCUUAGAAAUAUUCAGUUAAAAUCCCCUGAAGUAAAAAAAUUUCUCUCACCCACAAAUCACCUUGAUAUUGCCACAAUCGAUUCCAUGAAAGUUCUCCAUAAAUUAUACUCUUCUGAUAAUAGUGUUAGUAAGUUAUGCUCACCAGAUAUAGAAACAGAACAAAUAACUGCUUCUGCAUCAGCAGAUACAGAUGAUAUGGCUUUAUUAAAUGCUGGUGAAAAGUUUUUAGAACAGUUGUCUGCAAAAAUGAUUAAUACCUCGCCAGGUAUAUCUAAAAAUGGAUUUUUGUUUACCAGUUCAAAUGAUCAAUGUGAUUCUAAUUCAAAAGAUGUUUUAACCAAUGAAAAUAAAAAUGUUUCUGUUGUUAUUUCUAAACUUUCUAAUAUAAUUGAAAAUAGUAUGACUUCUAUCUCUAAUACACUUGUAAAUAAUACAUCACAGUUUAGUAAUAUGUUUUCAGGUUCUUAUUGUGAUACUGCUAAUUCUCUAAAAGCAAUUAAUGCUGAGAGCUUUGCAGGUUUUAAAUCUCAUAUUAGUAAAUCUAUUGACUUAAGUAUUUCAGAAGUUCCUGUAACAUGUUUAGACAAAAUAGACUUACACAACUCCUACAGUAAUGGUAUUUCAGUAACAGACUUUAAUCAAAGAGCAAAUAAUUCAUUGCAUAUGUCAGUGCUUGAAUCACCAAUUAAACAAUCAACAGUAUUUACAAACAGUUUGCAUAACAAUUUAAUAUCGAUAAAUAGUUUAAAUUUUCCAAAAACUUCUUCAAAAGAAACUUAUUCAACACAAACAGUUCCCCUAAGCAAUAGCUUUGAUAUUGGAUCAACACUUAAAAAGCUCGCUUGCAGUGAAAAAGAUUCUAUAGUUUUACCUCAUUUAUCACAACUACUGCCGAAUUUGCCUAUAAUGGCUACUUCUAAAAUAAUGGCUACUUCUAAAAUUUUAUCAUAUAGUAAUAAAGAGCCUUCUGAAAUAAAAAAAAGGAAAACACCUUCUCAAGAAUCAGAUCUUUCCUCUCUUGUUCCAGCACGAACACAAGCCAGCUGGAUAAGAGGUGCCGCAAAUGUUUUUAUCAUUAGUUUGCUACAGCGUGUUAGUAGGUUUCGUGGACCUGCAAAACAGAAAGGUGAGAUGAAUGCAGCAUCGUGGUUUACAAAACCAGUUGAUCCAAAUGAAGCACCUGGAUAUUAUCGUGUAAUUAAGACACCAAUGGACUUUGGAAAAAUAAAGCGCAAGUUAGAAGAUGGAGAAUAUUCAAACUACACAAUGUUUUAUGAGGACAUGAUGUUAAUUAAAGCAAACUGUUACGCGUACAAUCCUGCUGAUCAUGCCGCAAGAAAAGAUUGCGAUGACGUAUUCUUUUUCUUUGAAGCUGAGUUUAAAAAACUACUUGAGCGUUGGGAAAAGUAUCACGUUUCACCUUAUAAGAAAAUGAAAAUUUCGACAGAAGUUGGUGAUAAUGGAUGACCUAUUAGUUUGUAAAUAUUUUUUCUUAUUCGAUGGUGAUCAACUUUUCUCUGUGUUUAAUAAGUUUCAGUAUCAAUAAAUAAGAUUUGUACAUAUGUGCUAUGUGUAAAUGACAAAAGAAACGAAGUAUUUAUCUAUA